CAAUGGGGAGCCCUAUACUUUCCGAACAGCGCUGUGCGAUCAUAAGAAGCAACUUACAAAAUUAUUAAGGGCUACAUUCAAUCUCCCCAAUUACUUAUUUCAAAACCACAGAGAUGUAUAUAACGCCAUGUAACAAGUCCUCGCAGUUGGCGAGGCACCUCCUUUGCCCAUUUCACAGAUCGCCUCACCAAUACCAUCGCCAGAGAUGGGUAUGUCCCUUCGCGAAAACCUCGUCGGAGGUUUCAUUUCUGGGCUUGUGUUCCAAGGCAUGCUCCUCGGUUCAAUUACCAUUCAGGUCUUCCUCUAUCACCGCAGGUUCCCUGAGGACCCUAUCUUUUUGAAACUUGUGGUCGCGUUCUUAUGGCUCGUUCUAAUAUUUCAAGUGAUAGUUUCGAUCUGGGCAUUCAUUUUCCGCUUCAGUCUUCUGGCGAAAUCUACAGCAUGGUAUGAUACUGUCUAUCAGAUUUCUGCGACUAUUUGUUCCAGCGUCGUCCAACUUUAUUUCGCCCUUCGCCUUUAUCGAUUGAGUGAAUCAACCUGGCUACCAAUGCUGAUCACCCUCUUGACCCUUGGGCAAGUUGGAACUGGACUUGCGGUCUGGGCCGAAGCAAAUAUCAAUCGCGGUGUUGAGAGCUCGAUUCUCCAUGAACGCCACCUCGUGACAGUUUGGCUAACACUGGAGGCAGCGGAAGACCUCUUGAUCGCCUUCGCUAUGACAUACUUCCUCCAGAAGCGUCGCACAGGGUUUCGGCUGACGGAUAGGGUGUUACGAAAAUUAACAGUCUAUGCCAUCAAUACUGGCCUGCUGACUAGUGUUCUGGCGUUGGCCGUCAUGUUUGCUUUUGUAUUCUACGGCUUCCACUACAUCCACAUGAUUUUCAUCCUGCCGCUCGGAGGUGUCUACACAGCUACCCUUUUGGCAAAUCUACAUUCGCGCUCGAGACUUCGAGAAGAGCUUUCUUGCGGAGAAAACGGGAUUUCAAUACAUAUAUCCCACCUUCCUUCAAAGGUCAGGCUCGGAGGAAUACCUCCAUGACCCACUCCGUCACAGCUGAUCCAAUGCUUUUCACCAGAUAGACGACCAGAUAUGUGUUGCUUAGUGUGUGAAUGGUAUUAUUCGGACGAAUACAGGGAGCAUCUCCGUCACCGGGCGCGGAUUUCUUGCGUCUAUCGUAGAUGGGGAUGGAGGCAGAGCAGUGGGUAUAUAACAUGAAUCCGAACCCUCUCUU